UCAAAAGUGCCGCUUGCUUGAUUGUGAAGUAGGUUAUGCGUAGUUUUCAACACAAAUUUUUAUUUUUGAGUAGAGCAGGAAGUUAUUUGACGUCAAAAAGGUGACAGCAAAUCUGGACAACGAGGAGGAUAUCAUGAUUGCCGCAUCUGAACCGCAGGAGUUUGUGCCUUUCGGACGGCAUCAUCUACAGAGACAUCCGGGAGAUGUAGUAGUCGAAGCUAUUAACCGGCAGCACCAUCCAGACUCCUCUCUGCUUCAUCGUCUGAGCCAGGUUGCAAUAUCAGAGGAUACCAAGAAUCGUGAAAACUGGCGCAUAAGGGCAAGCUUAGAUGAUGAUCAGCAGUGUGAAGAGGAGCUGUAUAUGAAUGGUAAAAUAGCUGUGUGGAGCCAGGGGUCGAUGUCAAGUCAUAGAAAUCCAAACAGCAGUAAAGUGAUAAAAAGUAGUUACACAAGUGAAACACCAUUGCAAGCUGCCAUCUGGUGUACAUUCCAUGUUUCUUCUUCUGAUAAACCUAUCCUUAGCUGGACAGCUGGAAGGGCCCCAACAGAAGAACCAGAAGGGGCACCUACACCUGCUGUUUGCUUAAUAGAUGCUGAAAACAUCAAAGUUUAUACUCAAGAUGGCGAAGAUUAUGUUUCAUCUCUUCAGUUUGAGGUGUCUGCAGCAUGGCCGUGCAAGUACGGCCUCCUACUUGAACGAGCAACAAAUGUUUCAACACCUCAUUUUGAUUAUGAAUUUGAUGAAAAUCCACCUACAAUUUUUUCAUUAUCACACCCUUUAGAUGAUGUUACCCCGGUAGUAUCAAAACAUGUGACACUCUCAAAUAUAUGUGAUCCCUGCCAGAAAAUUGUAUUUGUCAGUGAGGAACCAUCUGUAUGUAUGACAUAUGACUCAAAUUGUGGACUUCACAGUGUGUGGAAAAUAAGAAAGGUGCAAUCAGAGGAAUGUCGCUUCUUCUAUCCUGAUCAGUCAAAUACUACACUGAACCACUCGAGUGUGUCCACAUUUAUGGGAAAUGCAAGUGUUAUAUCCAAUAGCAACCGUCUCUCUAUGGGAGCCACACGUAUUUCGGCUCCUGUUACUACUGCUGCUUCUCUUAGUGUGGCAAAUGUCACUGCUGGCCUGGGAUCUGUCUCAGGAAUUGCGUCUUGUCGAGGCAGUCCAGUGCUGCCGUCCUCUGCUCGAACGUCUGCAAGCUCCUUCAGCCCUCUUGGGAACCGUGCAGCAUCUCCAGACUCAAGACUGACAGUCAGUCAGGCUACUGACUACCAUGUUGUACCGAAACCAUUGUAUCCAGAACUUUGCAUUGAACAUGUUUGGACAGAAAAAUCAAGGGAAGGAAUAGCGUGUGCUGCAUCACACGCAUUUCUUGUGACGGAUAUGGUUGGGCAGAUGUAUUUAUGUUACAUGCUACCAGCUCGAAAGCAUCUGAUGUGCAUGCGUCUUGAAUUGACCCAUGAACAGCAGCUCAUCUUUGGGGUUGCUUGUGCGAUUCAAGCUAAAGAUGCUGCCCCUCUUCCGAAGAUAAACAUGAUAGCAACAAUAGAUUUGUCAGGUGGUGUUGUGCUGUAUACUGGUUUGAACAUGGUUGCCAAAGUACAUAUUGGAGGAAUUCCAUCGGCAUUAACCACAUCAUCUUAUUUGUCUUCACACUUAAGUCCUUUUCCGAGACGAAGCAGUGCCAUUUGGUCACCUAGUGGAUCUGACUCUCUUCUGGACACGCCAAAGUUUGAAGAAGCAGUGCGCCAGUUAUCCCCCGUAGCACCACCACCAGCUCCGCCUGUUUCUCCAAAUGAAAAAGUACCAUUUAGUUCUUCAUACUUGGAAGGAAGUCCACAGGCUGGUGGCCAGCUUGUGCAUAUCCGUGAUCCAGUUGCUAACAGAAUUACAUUGGAAUAUGCUGAUGGGUCUCUGUUCCGUAUGGCUCUCCCUGAACUUUGUACCUCACCAUUAGUUAUGAACUGCUUGAAAGUGUUGAAGAAUGUUCUUCAGAAGGAUGCAGCAAUGCAGCUACUGGUUCGCUGGUAUGCUUCAAGAAAUGCUCCUGGUUCACAAGACAUAGCACCACAACAAGAAUGGCAACUCUUUUUGGGUGUCCUUUUAGAUAUGAUAGGCUACGAUGUUGAGCAAGUGCCUGUGAUGCGAGCUCAACGUGAUGGACCCGAUUCAACGGGGUCCGACGGGUUUCAUCACCUACAACAGCAUGCUAAAAAACGUCGAAGCUCAGACAUGGGUUCUUCAGAGGAUUGGGAGUAUCUGUUGCGUUCAGAUCAUCAUCGGACUCUUGCUGCCAGCGUCACAACAAUGCUUGGUUUACACCCACCUCCACCACCAAGUUCUGAGAAAUCACAUGAGAGUGCCACCCCAACAAAUUCAUCUGCAUCACUUUUCUUAUCGUUGCCUUUGUUGCAUUAUGCGCUACAUCUGCUUUAUGAGGACUUGAAGCUGAACAUGCUGAUGUCAGAAGUAUUACCAUCAUUAGCUCAACUUUUGUACCAGCUUUCAAGUGACUUGAAACUGCCAGCAUAUGUUGAUCAUUACUGGAAGGAUUAUCCAACACUCUGCCCUGCCAAAGUACUGAAGGAAAGCUAUAUAUUGGACUCAGAUUUGUCGAAACUUCAGUUUCCACAUUUCAUACCACAGAUGCCUCCAGAUGUUUUUCAUCAUAUAUAUAACAUGAUUAUGGGAAGACCGACUGAGCCAUUUCCUUACAUAAGACAAGUUAACAGGAGAACAAAAGACAUUGUUCAGUUAGUUGCUGUAAUUACCCAGGGUGCAGAGAAUCCAAACUUGCAGCUGGAACAUUUUAUACAGCCUGUGGUACCAGCAGGAAUCAGAGGAGAAACACAAGAAGUUCUUUCAGCAAGGGAUGCUGGACGCAGUGCUUCAUAUCCGUUUCCACAUAGGGCAGUUCUUCUAAUGGUGGAAAUGGAUAUCACUGCAGGAGACUUGCAACAGAUGCCUGUUGGUGUUGCAAUGCUGUUAAGUGAAGUUAUUUAUCUGAGCCGACAGAAUCCACCUUCAGAUUGGCCCGAGACAGCUUAUAGACUUAUAGCACGCCAAGACUUGGUUGCCCAGUGUUCGCCAAAUAGCAUGGUUGACAUUGGACACUCAAGGCGCACAUCUACUGCGUCUGCACAUGGUUCACUUCGUGUCCCACCAUUGGACCUCGAUACUGAUGAUGGCAUGGAAAUGUCGGACACUGAGCAGACACUGAAACUACGAUUCAGCAAAGAUCACAGGGUAGCAGAAGUAAGGCGACUGCUGCAAUCAUCACAGCCAGUUAGAAUCGCCAUACCACAGCAGCCAGAAGUGUCAGACCAUGAGUACAUAGAAGAGCAAGAGAAACAUCUUUAUGCCCUGUGUACUCGUACAAUGGCUUUACCUGUUGGAAGGGGAAUGUUCACAUUAAGAACUGCAGCUCCUAUCAUAACAGAAACGCUUAGCAUACCUCGACUCUGUCUGACAGGACGAGCAGCACCUCGUGGGACAACAGUCGAUUUGUCACACAUUGAUGUUGUUCCCAAUAUGAACAUGUGGCCUCUCUUCCACAAUGGAGUUGCUGCAGGCCUCCGAAUAGCACCAAAUGCAUCAGACAUUGAAUCUGCGUGGAUUGUGUUCAACAAACCAAAGGGCACAAGUGAAGCAUAUACAGAACAUGCAGGGUUUCUGAUGGCCCUUGGACUUAAUGGGAAUCUUAUGAGCUUGGCAAGACUCAACAUGUAUGAAUACCUUGUAAAGUGCCACGAACUGACAAGUGUUGGUCUACUUCUUGGUGUUGCUGCAACAAAGAGAGGCACUAUGGAUGUUGCGACAACAAAGAUGAUGAGUGUCCAUAUGGAAGCACUACUGCCGCCAACAUCAAUUGAAUUAGAUAUUCAGCAAAAUAUUCAAGUAGCAGCGCUGCUUGGAAUAGGUCUACUGUAUGAAGGCACAGCACACCGUCGCAUGGCUGAGGUUCUACUUUCAGAAAUAGGACGACCACCUGGUCCAGAAAUGGAGAAUAGUGAUGAUCGCGAGUCCUACUCUUUGGCAGCUGGCUUGGCUUUGGGGCUUGUUGUACUGUGCCAGGGGCAAGAACUAGAUGGCCUCAAUGACCUUGCUAUACCAGACAGACUACACCAUUAUAUGGUGGGUGGACAUCGCCGGCCCCUUACAGGCUCCCAAAAAGAAAAGUAUAAAUCUCCAAGCUACCAGAUUCGUGAAGGUGAUGCUGUUAACAUUGAUGUCACAAGUCCAGGUGCCACCUUAGCUUUGGGAAUGAUGUUUUUCAACACUGGAAACAGGGCAGUAGCAGAUUGGAUGAAAGCUCCAGAUACACAGUACCUCCUUGAUUUUGUGCGCCCAGAUUUCCUAUUACUUAGGAUUGUGUCUCGGUCACUUAUAUUGUGGGAUUCAAUACUACCUACUGUAGAAUGGGUGGAAUCAAAUGUUCCUGAGAGUAUUCGUCCAUAUUGUUUAGUAAAACCACCAAGAAUUCCACCUCAGAAUAUUGAUUAUGAAACAAUGAAUCAAGCAUACUGCAACAUUGUUGCUGGAGGUUGCAUGGCAGUUGGUUUACGAUUUGCUGGUUCUGCAAAUAAUGAAGCCUUUAAAACAUUACUUCAUUAUGCAAAGAUGUUCACAAACUUGUCUGGAAAAUCUAUUGCAGAACUGGCUGGCAAGUCUACUAUAGAAACCUGUCUGAAUGUGAUGCUGUUGUCACUGGCAAUGGUGAUGGCAGGAACUGGAGACUUGGAUGUGUUGAGACUUGUAAGACAUUUACGCUCACGUGUUGGUCCAGCAAACAGUGUCGUAACUUAUGGAUCACACCUUGCGACACAUAUGGCCCUUGGUCUAUUGUUUUUGGGUGGUGGUAGAUACACUCUCAGCACUUCACCUUCAGCUGUUGCUGCAAUGUUAUGUGCCUUCUUCCCUAAGUUUCCAACACACAGCAAUGAUAACAGGUACCAUUUACAAGCAUUUCGUCAUUUAUAUGUACUGGCUGUAGAACCACGGUUGCUGAUGCCUCGAGAUAUUGACCAAGGCACCUUGUGCUAUGCACAUGUGAAUGUUGUUUACCUGGACACCAUCCACUACCAAGGGCAAAGUGUUCGAUUAAGAGCACCAUGCAUGUUACCAGAACUAAGUUUAUUGAAAGAGGUCCGAGUGGAAGAUGAUCGCUAUUGGUCUGUGACUUUUCAUAGGGACAAGAACUGGGAUAAUUUAAGAAAGAUACUGCAGGGGUCUGGUGUGCUAAAUGUCAAGCAACGAGCUGGAUGUUUGUCCUACUUGGAAGACCCACAAGGAUUUCGUAGUCUUUUAGCACAGACUCUAACGACGGAUACAGCUGUCUCCUGGUCUGUGAGGGCUGACUCAGUGAAUGCUUUCUCAUCAGACCCAAAUGUGGCUAAAUUUGCACAGUGUUUCUUGGAAAAUGAAGAACUUGAAACAAGCAUGUGUGAGAGACAAAUUAUACAGCUCCUGGCAACUGUUGUAUAUGAAUGUGUAACUCAGGACAAGCUGAGUAUUUUACCAAUGUGGCUCACAAUUAUUAAGACUGUUCAGAGUAUGGCAACAGAACCAAAUCAUUUGUUGAUGUGGCAACUGAAACUUGUAACAGCACAAGGAAUCAGUCGUGCAAGUUGGCGCCAGGGGCAGUGUGUGCUGCCACUAGUUUCGUCGGACAUGGCCUUGUCUGUAAUUCAGAGAGUUUUACAGAUACUGGAUUCGUGGGAAACAGAUCUUUCACUGCCUCUAAAAGCUUAUCUGAAAGGUGAGCUGUGCUGCAGAACUGAAACAGCCCUACGAUUGACUAUGUAUCUCACUUAUCAUGAAAUACCUUAUUAUGGAAAGUUUGAGGCACUCGAAGCAGCAAAUGUAGCUGAUCCAUUAAGCAUGAAUCUGAAACUUCAGCAGUACCGCAUACCACCAAGAACUCUGCAAAUGAUUUCGUCAAUCUUUGCAACAGAAAAUAUGCUACUUUAAGGAAGGUCUUGCCAGUUGUGAUUUCUGAUAGUUUUGUUGGAAAAGUCACAGACACCAGAGAAAGGUGGCGAAGAAAUUUGUGUACCGUACAAAGCUGUGAUACUUCACAUAAUUUUUAAUUGGAGCGUUGCACUGUAAAUGUUGUUCGUUGUUGUGUAUUAAAUGCUGUACAAGACUGUUUUCCACUGAAUUCAUGGUUUUACAUGCAAUUUAAAGUGGAAUUUGUAACUAUGAA